AUGACUCCAGAUGAUUUAGCGAAGAUUCUCGCUGCUAUCACUACAAAGAUUAAUGCAGAUGAUCCGUAUCAUGUUAGCAACUCUGAUGCACCUGGAUUCAGUCUUGUUAACACCCCCUUGAAGGGACACAAUUACCUUUCUUGGAGUCAAUCUGUUCAGGUCGCUCUUCGGGCUAAGAAAAAAUUAGGUUUCAUUAACGGGAAAAUUAAAGCGCCAGCACCAGAUUCAGAUGAUUAUGAUAAAUGGUGGACGGUAGAUAGUAUGGUGGUUUCUUGGUUGUUAAACGCCAUAUCUAAAGACAUAUCUGAUGCUUUUGUAUUCUGUAAAAAUGCAAAAGUCCUUUGGGAUGAAUUAAAACAACGUUAUGAAGAAAGCAAUGGGCCGAUGAUUUAUAAAAUUGAACGGGAUAUUGCAGGAUACAGGCAAGGCAACAAUUCUGUUACUGAUUAUUACACGAACCUGAAUCGAAAAUGGGAUGAAUUAAUCUGCUUAACUCCGUUACCUGUUUGUUGUGAGGCUAGGACAACAAUUACAGACUACGACAAUAAUCGGUGGUUAAUGCAGUUUUUGAUGGGGUUAGGAGAUGAAUAUGACAACCGAGAAGUGCAAACUGAUAGUACUGCCUCUUCUAAAACAGCUGCGGUUAGGCUUGCUCAAAGGGGAUCCUCAGGUAGCCGAGGCAGUGGGCAUGCCAGGAAUUCUUUCUCAUCACGAAAGGAAGAUCGGAAGAAGCAGUUUUGUUCCAAGUGUAAAACUGCCGGACAUACUAUUGAUGAUUGCUUUCUUAUCCAUGGGUAUCCAGACUGGUUUAUUGAGAUGCAACAGAAGAGAGGUGUGGACAUCGGCAAAUACCAUAGAGCUAAUAAUGUCCUUCGCGUUGCAACAAAGGAAUCACCAUUGACGUCAGUAACACCACAGCAGAAAGGUGUUGAUUCUUUGAGUGCAAGGAUGGCAGAUUACUUGCAAUAA